GAAUUUUUGACUCAAAACCUGACUUUUCUACCGUACGUCCGUCCUCGUUUGUGAAGCGAAAAUCCAACAUUUCUCCUACGCUUCCCCGCGUGGAUCCCAUUGCUUAUCUGCAUCUCGCGGAGAAGUAGCGGUCUUUCCAUAUACGCCUUGUGUGUCUUAUUAUCUCAAAGCUGUUAGCAAAAUGCCUCCUAAAAGCAAGAAGAAGGAUGACGGCGAAGACCCUAACAUGCGUGCGGCUCGCUUUGGUCGUGUUAAGAAUACCUUGACAAUGGGAUUUGUCGGACUUCCCAAUGUCGGAAAAUCUUCCCUGACAAAUCUUUUGGCUGGUGCUAUGCAUGCGGAAGCCGCAAAUUAUCCUUUCUGCACAAUUGAUCCCAACGUGGUCCAGUGUAUCGUUCCGGACAAGAGUUUCAAAUACAUUGCGGAUUGUUGGAAGCCGCCGUCGGUUGUUCCGGCCGUCCUCAAAGUAACGGACAUUGCCGGCCUCAUCAAGGGAGCCUCGGAAGGCGCUGGGCUCGGAAACGCAUUUCUGUCCCACAUUGCGGCUGUGGAUGGAAUUUAUCAUCUCGUGCGUGCGUUUGACAGUGACGAAGUCAUCCACGUGGACGACUCAGUCGAUCCCAUUCGCGAUUUGGAAACCAUCCAGGGCGAACUCUGCGCGAAAGAUCGCGAAAGCCUCGUCAAGGUUCUACAGCUUGAAAAGGAAACAGUUCGCAAAGCCAAGGGUAUGGCGAAGGCUGCCGAACCGACCUUGAGUGAUACCUUCAAAGAGGCUUACGCGAAGUGCGAGAAACUCAUCGCAGAGAAUACUCCCAUUCAGACGCACGAAGACUUUACGGCCGCAGAAGUGGAAAUCAUUCGGGAUUGGGGACUUAUCACGACCAAGCCUCAAAUUUACGUGGUCAAUCUUUCUCAGAAGAACUACAUUCGCAAAGGAUCAAAGUGGUUGCCAAAAAUCAAUGCCUGGGUGAAGGAGCAUGGUGGUGGUCAGAUUUUGCCCGUAAGUUGCGACUUUGAACAGGUUUUGUUCGAUCUCAAGGACGAUCCCGAAAAACAAAAGGUGUUUUUGGACCAGUGCACGGAAGAAGCCAAGGCGGCUGGUCUAAAGGGACCACAGGCCGAAGUCAAAAGUAUGAUCCCACGUCUGAUCCGUGCCGGGCGCAGCGCACUGUGUUUGCAAAGUUUCUAUACAGCGGGACCCAAGGAAGUGCGGGCAUGGACUAUUAUGAAGGGUACAUUAGCUCCCCAGGCGGCGGGUGUCAUUCAUACGGACUUUGAACGUGGAUUUAUCAAGGCCGAGGUCUGCGCGUUUGACGAUUUUAAAGCUUUGCACGCGGGACAGCCUAGUAUGGCAAAGAUCAAGGAAGCCGGUAAGUAUAGGCAGGAGGGAAAGAGCUACGUGAUGAACGACGGUGAUAUUGUGGUCUUUAUGCACAAUGUUACAACAAGUAAGAAGAAAUAA